AUGGCGGAGGAGUUUGAUGAGCUAGAUCGGCGCAGCUCCAUCCGCCAGCUUUCGGCAAGCGCGCGCGUGGUUGAGGAUGAGCAAGAACGCCAGCAACUCCAGCGUACCAGGCUGGAGGAAGCCAAGGCACAUCGCCGCCCAAGCGUGCGGGCAGCUAUUCGGGAUCAUUUCAUGGCCCGUAGCACUCUGCGAGGUCUCGAUGUUGACGGUUUUGUUGAAGCCCUGCGCCCGCAGAUGCAUCACGCUGAUGCCGACACGUACCUGCGCAAUCUUUACGAGAAAAUGCGAGUGGGCACUCAGUUGGUUUCCUGGGUGCCAAUACAGCUGCCAGCAAAGAUUGCCACGCUGCCCCAGCGGAGCAAUAUUCGUGCCAUGAGCUCCGGUCCCAAAGACCGGCUAUAUGUGCUCCAAGAGAACGCCACGCUAACCAUAUGGAACAGCUCUGAUAGUGCCGAUACGUGGACUCAAAAGCAUGUCCUUCCAUCGGCUGGCUCCACGGGCAAUACCUGGGUGACAGACAUGGUCUUGUUGCCCACCCUGGGUCGGAUUGCCGUGUGUGCCGGUGAACGCGAGCUCUGGUUCUAUGACAUGCGAACCCUGGAGCCUCAUUUUGCGUUGAUCCAUCUCGCCGACACUCCGAUGAAAAUGGUUUCCUUUACUGAUCCUGAGAGCCAGGACGUGACUCUCGUAAUUGGAGACCAUGCCGGUUGCCUGAAUGCAAUUCAGCUGCCGCCGUUUUGCCUCACGUGCAAGGCCUUCAAGGAGAGCCAACGGCAGGGAAAGCUUCAAAAGACUGUCCUGAAAUUGUCCAUCGACAAACUGCGCACGCCAAGCGAGUAUUAUGGAAACAUAACCUACUCGCGGUGGCAGGUUCACAACGAUUGGGUGUCAGGUCUCACUUACCUGCCAUGGGUGCGCCUGCUGGCCUCGACCAGCAAUGACGAGGCCACAGGCAUGGUGAUUGGCGAAGUGAUCGAGCCAGUCCUGCUCCAGCCAAAGUCCCUGGCCAUCGACCCGGACGGCCCUUCGGCACAUUUGUUUCCAAAUGGCAACGCACUGCGGCGCAAUGCGGGUGAAACUGUGUUUCGAAUCAACAAAGGCGUCAAAGCCCUGGCGUUUUCUUCACGCGUCAAUGUGGUUGUCACCGCCGGUCUGGACCGCGUGAUUCGUCUGUGGAAUCCAUACGUCAGUCUGCGCCCCAGCGGCUCCCUCGAAGGACAUAAUACACCAGUCUUGCAACUAGCGGUGCAAGAGGAGCGCGAUCGUCUGUUCAGCUGCUCGGCUGAUCGCGAAAUUCGUGCUUGGCACCUGGUCGACAUGACUUGCCUCAUUGCACUCUCGCAUCGGCGACACGCAGUGCCACUCGAGCCCUCCUGCAUGUUUUGGCAUGUUCCCUCCUCCUCGCUGAUGGUUGGCGCGGAAACCCUGUGUCAGCUGGUUAUCAAAGCUUCCAAAGACACUGGCGCACAUGUGCAAAGUCACGAUUGCGCUGUCGUCUGCAGCGUGUUUUCUCGUCGAUUUGGCCAACUCGUCACUGGUGACCAGAAUGGACAGAUCAAGAGCUGGGAUGCACACUCUGGUGCCCAGAUCUUUGAGUUUGACAUCAACGAAGGCGAUGAGGGCAAGAGCGAUCUGACGCACAUGGUCCUUGAUGCUUCUGAUCGUCGACUGGUGACCGCGCAAGCCAACGGCAGCUUGCGCAUUUGGAACUACAACAAUGGCCAGUUGCUACGGACGCUCGACAAGGGCACCUCGCUGGAAGUGAUGCGGGUCGCUUACGUUACUCAUGGCAUGCUGCGGACAAUCGUUUGUGGCGGCUGGGAUCGACGUUUGUUCGUGUUCAAAGAUAGCCCUGAAGAUGAUUUGUCCAUGGCUCCUAAUCUGCCCAUCUCUGCUCGCUGGCCCGAGGCCGAGCGACAUGAUGAUGACAUUGUUACUCUGGCCGUCCUUCCCCCGAAUCUUGCUGCUGCUGCUUCUUAUAACGGCGAGAUUAUCAUUUGGAAUCUGGUGUCUGCUGCUGUUGUCGUCCGUUUGGCCACACCAAUCAAUGUUCAACGACGCGUGUCGCGGCGCGAAACAGCCGGCAACGUGCUUUUGGAUUCCAUGUUGGAAAACUCGACCGUAACUUGCAUCUCCUUCAUCCACAAUCGGCCCUUAAAACCGGGUGUCGCCCGCCUCGUGGCUGGUGGUACCCAGGGGACUGUCGUAUUUUGGAGCUGGUUGCAAGGCGGUCGGCGCAUAUCUAGUUUCACCACGACGCGCCAGAAACCCACCACCGUGACCAGCUUGGAUGUGUCUUUGGACGGUGAAACGCUUGCUGUUGGAGAUGCUGAUGGAUGGAUUCGGUUGUACAAUCUCACGGGCUAUGCCUAUGCGGAGCACGGUGGGCCCGAUGAGCGGCCGGUUUCUUCUCGGCCAGUCACCUUCUCCACGGGAUUACAGGACGAGGGUCCGGACGUGCUUGCUCACUGGAAAGGCCACCUCCAAGGCAUUACCAAUCUCAGCUUUCGAGUCAUCGAGACCACUGAAGUUGUGAUUUCGUGCAGCAAAGACGGCUGUGUACGCUUGUGGGACCACGAGGGGUCUUUCAUUGCCACACUGGGUGAUCCAGAGAUCUAUGACGCCGAGGAAGCGGAUCAGGCUGCGCGGGAGGAGGAGUCACGCUUUGCUCGUGAGAUGGCCGAGCUUGGUAUCUACGACGACGAUGAUACAAGCGCCGCCAAUGACAUUGAGAGUGUUUGGGGUAGUCGACCAGCGUCUCGCUUUGCCAGUGCGUCUCCCUUGGAUAAAUCAUCUUAUGCCUUCCGCCAGAUCCGCAGCGAGACGCUGUAUGCACCAACAUCAUCGCGCAUCAAAUCGGCUCCUACGUUUCAGCGUCUAUCGGCACACGGGAAUGGAAGCUGGGAGCGACAUCUGAAUAACGUUCCGUAUCGUCCAGAGAGUGGCAAAGUCUACAUGUCGUUGCCCUAUCAUCAUUUGGAUCGCGUCGAAGGCGUGGGUAUUCGGCCGACGAAGAAACCUGGUGGUGCCUCAAAGUCUGCUCAACGCUUCCGUCCAAAGUUGGGCUCGCGUUCGACGAGCGAGCAGUAGGCUCAACUCGUCAUCAUUAGAAAAAGUGAAUUAUUAUCUCAGGCCCUGCUCCUCUCUCGCCUCGUGUGUGAAUGGUACGCGUUUUGAAUGAUGCUUUUUGAACGACUCCCUUACAAUGUUUCUGAACGUCUUGCUAGCUAGCUUUUGGCGGCCUUAGCCUUCCUACCUUUCGAUUUUUUUUUUCUUUUGCGUUCUUAAUCUUCAGCAGGAUUCACUUGUAACAAAUCGAAACUUGCGUUUU